AUGUGUAGGUUUCCGGCAUCCUUGGCUGAAUUGUCCAUUUUCUCGUCGCUUCGUGGUCGCAUCUCCGUGCAAAAGAACACGGAUAUGUCACGCGUAAUGCGCUUGUUGCAAAUCUCAGACGAGCAGUUGGAUGCAGUACGGAACAGGGAUCAAAUGGCUCAGUUUAGAGAGGAAAUCUUGUCAAAUGUCAGGUCGAAAGACGAGGACUUAGGAGUGGUCGUUGACAGGAUUGAGCAACUACCUUGCACAAACACGUCGGUUGCCGAAGCAACAAGAAAGCCCUCGUCGGCCGAUUCUGGGCUAGACCUAAGUUCCGAAACGUCAUUGUUGGAUGCUGUCGUUGACCGUCAAGAACAAGGUGAGGACGUAGUGGACGACGAGUCACUAAAAUUGGUGAAGAAGCGAAAAAGAAAGGUUAAAAAGGAGGUCAGUCAUGCUGAUAUUUCAUUGCUGUCGACCAUCUCAGUCACAUCACCUGUUCACUCUGGUAGUGCACCAGAUAGUACCAAGAGAAGGAAGAAGAAAAAUAAAUUCCAUAAGGCUACUUGCCCGGAAGCCUCCGAGUGUGCGGAAGGCCUUAAUACGUCCAGAAGUUUCUCGUUGGUGGAAGGUGACAAAUCACUAUUGAGUAGUCCUGAUGUGUUAUCGAAGAAGCGCCCAAAGCAAAAGAAGAAAAGGAUGUCAGAAAAGGUAUCUUCCACUGUUGGUGUGUAUCAUUUUCCUUGCUUAUCGAUAGUCUCCCGCAUCAGAGCUCCGUUCGCUGAGGUGGACGAUGGAGAUGAGCCAUCAAAUGGAGAGCAGAUUUUGUCUAAAAAGCGCCUGUUGUCAGCCAGCUUUUCGGAAGUGCCACUACGAAACAAAAAGAGAAAGAAAAAGAGGAUAUCGCAGGAAGUAUUCAUUGGUGUCAUAGAGUUUUCGAAGUUUCUUGCUCACAUGUUAAGUAUGUCAUCCAAUCAAGUUCCUUUUUUGCAGAGUUCUUCCUUAGUCCUCAGUCCCCAGAGUUCAUGCUGUACCUCAUACCAGAGGUCAUUCACAGAUGACUCAUCUUUCAAAACUCCUAAAAAGCUCAAGCGAAAGUUAACCGUUGGAGAAGGCGAUGGUUCGUCUGUAAAGAGAGGUUCAUUCGAUGGAACUGUUGUGUGCAGUGAAAUGAAAGCUCGCAAAAAGAAGAAAAAGGCAUCCCUAACGAGCUCCUUCGUUGAAAUGGAUGAUGGAAAUGGGUUUCCAAAUGGGAAGCGAACUUGGGCUGAAAAGCCCUUGUCAUCAGCUAACUCUUCGACUCUGUCAGUAAGAAGCGGAAAGAAGAAGAAGAGGAGGAGGAUAUCACAAAACACUCCCUCCAUGGACCUCAGUCCUCAAAGUCCACGUGAUUUCUCAUAUCAGAGUUCGUUUACAGAUGACUCAUGUUUCAAAACUCCUAAAAAGCUCAAGCGAAAGUUAACCGCUGGAAGAAGCCGCUAG